GAUAUAAAGGGAAAUAAAUAGCAAAAAUAGCAUUAGCUAUCCUCAAUCCUUGCUGUAGAAAACCCUUCCUUGUGUUGUCUUGAUGCACGUAACCCACGUAGCCUUUAUGGAGGUCCUAAAAUGCCUCGGUACACCAGACUCAGAGCUAAAUUCCUCGUCAGAAAUAGAAGAAAAUCUGAUCUUUCUUUGAUUAUACAUUAGGGUAUUUCAAACAUUAUGAAAUUAAAAAACAGUGUGGGGGCAGACUGAAAUCACAUGUUUAUUUUUUGGGGGGUUCACGGGAUGGUCGUUUCCAUGGAGACGGGAUGCAGGACCUUCGGCUGCUGCUGAGGCAGGGGGGAAAAAGUGUGUGUGGGUGCUGCUUGUAGAAUCGGUCGUUAUAGGGUUAAAACACAUUAGUCAUUUGCAGAGAUGGUUACAAUAGACCCUGGUGCACUGACGUUUGGUGACUCGUGCACAGGUUACAGCACAUAAACAGUUCAGGAAAUACCGUGCAGAUUCUUUUGGUGCUGUGGAUCAGCCACCAUAGUCCUCUUCUCCAGACCCCAUCUUACCGACGCGGAGGGGCUCAUUGCUCGCUAUGUAAUGCCUCAAACCCCUCCCCUCUUUUCAAGCUCUCUUGAUGCUGGAAAUAUACACGUAGUCUACUGCCAUGGCGCCUAGAUUCCAGGUGAAGUCUAACAUGAAGAGCCUGGAGCAUGAGCUGCAUUGCACUGUGUGUAAGGAUAUUGUUAAACAGCCCGUCGUCCUGCCAUGCCAGCACAGCGUCUGCCUCAUGUGUGCCUCGGAGGUCUUAGUGGCAAACGGCUACCCGCCUCCAGAUCUUCCCCCAGAGCCAAACUCCCCAGCCUCCACACCCAACACUCGCUCACCCCGUCAGGCCCGAAGGCCGACACCUAAAGCUGAGCAGCGACCUAUUGACCGCGUGCUGCGGGCAGGUCCCCACCCGCCUUCGCCAUCCAUGCCCCGGUCUCCAGGAUAUGGGACAUAUCCAGGGCGACGCCGUAAGGAGGGUCCACCCGUGGUGAUGAUGUUCCCCUGUAUCCCCUGCGGCCGAGAUGUGGAGCUGGGAGAGAGGGGGCUUGCUGACUGUCUGCGCAACCUCACCUUGGAGCGUAUAGUCGAGAGGUACAGACACACAGUGAGUCUGGGCAGUGUGGCUGUGAUGUGUCAGUUUUGUAAGCCUCCUCAAGCUCUGGAGGCCACCAAGGGCUGCGCUGACUGCAGGACCAAUUUCUGUAAUGAGUGUUUCAAGCUGUAUCACCCGUGGGGGACGCCACGGGCACAACAUGAACAUAUCCAGCCUACGCUCAACUUCAGACCAAAAGUUCUGACCUGUCCGGAGCAUGACCAGGAGAAACUACAGUUCUAUUGUAGGUCCUGUCAGCAGCUGCUUUGUCCUCUCUGCAAACUGCGCCGCAUCCACACCGGACACAAAAUCCUGCCAGUGGCCCACGCAUACCAAGCCCUGAAGGAGAAGAUUACGAAGGAGAUGAACCACAUUGUGUCCAACCAGGACACAGUUCUGGGCCAGAUUACCCAGCUGGAGAGUUCCAUCACUCAGACUGAGGUAAACGGUGUGUCAGCCAGAGAGCAGCUGGCUCAGAGCAUCAGGGAUCUGACGGCUGCUCUGGCCGAGCGCCACGCUUCGCUCACCCAGGCUCUGGAAGAGGCACGGAAGAAACGAGGCGAGGCGUUGGCUGCUCAAGUGGCGGAGAGACGGGGCUUGAUGGAACACGCAGGGCUCAUGGCGUUUACCCAAGAGCUGCUGAAAGAAACAGACCAGCCCUGCUUUGUGCAGGCUGCUCGCCAGACUCAUAACAGGUUCAGCAAAGCAAUUGAGAAUCUUCAGCAUUUCACUCUGGCUGCUGAUCCAUCCUUCAGACACUUCCAGCUGGAUGUCUCCAAAGAACUCAAACUCCUGACAGAGUUGAACUUCAUCCAGGCUCCGCUGGCUCCAGUGAUUGAUACCCAGCGUACCCUGGCCUAUGACCAGCUCUUCCUGUGCUGGCGACUGCCCCAAGACUCUGCACCCGCCUGGCACUUCUCCGUCGAGUAUCGCCGUCGGGGUGUGGUACCAGGAGGAGCGGGUCGAGGCGGGAUCAGAGGAGGACUGUCCGCCGCCCGCUGGGGCUGGCAGCGAAUGGAUGAAGUGAGUGGGACCAGCGCUGUGAUUGACAGGUUGGAGAUGGACAGCGUGUACGUGCUACGGGUUAGAGGCUGCAACAAGGCGGGCUACGGGGAGUAUAGCGAGGAGGUGUACCUGCACACCCCGCCAGCACCAGUGCUCAACUUCUACCUGGACUCUCGCUGGGGUCUUCAUGCCGACCGGCUGGUGGUCAGUAAAGAGCAGCGCUGUGCUCGCAGCGUCCCUGGUCUCUCCCUGCUGCAGGCCGCUGACCACGCCCUCACUUCCUGUCACUUGACCUCAGACCUUUUGGUGGGGGAUGUGGCUAUUACACAGGGACGGCACUACUGGGCAUGCUCAGUGGAGCCUGGAUCUUACCUUGUGAAGGUGGGAGUUGGUCUGGAAUCCAAACUGCAGGAGUGGUUUCACCUUCCACAAGACAUGGCCAGUCCCCGCUACGACCCAGACAGCGGCCAUGACAGCGGAGCAGAGGAUGCUCUGGACUCUGCUCCACCAUUCUGCUUCCUCACAAUGGGGAUGGGUAAGAUCUACCUCCCCCAGCACAACCACCACCACAGUAGCCAUGGGAACGGUAUCCGAGACCCCAUCACCAACGGCCCCUCCUCACCCACAGGCCACACCUACCCACUGCCACCCCGACUCGGAGUGUGCCUUGACUUUGAGAAGGGUCGUGUCACUUUCUAUGAUGCCCACUCUCUGCGGCCUUUAUGGGAAGGUCAUGUGGAUUGCUCUGGCCCCGUGUGCCCGGCGUUCUGUUUCAUUGGUGGCGGGGCUCUGCAGCUGCAGGAGCUGGUAGCCAAUCGCAAUGCAGAUCAGACUCCGGUCAGAAGGGUAACCAUCCAACCCCGUGUCUCUAAUUGAAAUAACAACUGACGGCUGAUCUAAGCUCAUAUGGUAAUUUGGAAUGUAAUUGGUAAUUGUGAAGUAUUUACUCAGCUAGAGCGAAAAGUUAGACAUCUCAGCGAUUUUGUUUUGUAUUUAAUUUUCUUUGUAUAAGAAAAUGUUUCUAUAGCAACGGAUAUGCAAUGUAAUUAAGUUUCUUACAUUUUUGUUACGUGCAGUUUUGCAAGAGUUAAAGCUUAAGUAGUGUUUGGUAUAUCCAGCACUUAAUAAGUAAUUCUAUCUUUAAUGCUUGCACUUGUAGCCAGGCUAUAUUGCAUUUAUAAAGCUAAUGUAGAUACAGCAGCACACAAUGUCGUCCUUCCUGUAGAAGCUUUUACUCAGCUAUUUCAUGUCCUUAAUGUUAAAAGCUUAGCAACUCUUAUAUUUUAGAGAUAUGAACACUAUGAGAGAAAAAAAGGCCUCAAUUAUUUUAUUGCAUCUAUAACUAAACUUGUGUUUAACCAGACAGAUUUCUUUACUGUCGUUCGCCCAUUACGAUCCCAACCAAAGUUAUUGUUUUUCUGGGAUGUAAAUGUGGUAAAUUAGAGAUAGAGUGGAACAAUGAGGCAGUACUGUAAUUAGAAGCUCCAAUUAUACCUCUGCUGCACAGCUAAUCACUAGUUUCCGCGGUUCUGUUUGUGCAUUGCUGUUUUGUAUUUCAAAUACAUGAGUCUGAUGUGUGUGUGUGUGUGUGUAUGCAUGUAUAGUAUGUGUGUUUGCUUCUCUUUGCGCAUGGGUGCGUGUGUGGUUUGACUGAUAACAGCAUUGAUUCAUUAGCUGACGGUAAAAAAAAUGUUUUGUUUCACAAACAAUACUUUAGAUUUUUUUUAAACCUUGCUUGAUUGUAAAUUAAUGAGCAGUGCUUCUUAUGAAACAAUUAGCAGAUUAAAUCCAUGUAAACUUCACCUGCUGGCAGAAUAUUUGCAAAAGAAAAUGGAUUAAAGAAAUAAACACUAAAUAAAUGCAAAUUGUUUAAAUUA